UUCUCUCUACUUUAUGCUCUGAAAGGUUGACACUUUCUUGUCUCUAUGAUUCACUUUUCCCCAUAUCAAAAUAGGCUUAAUCCUAUGGUUUUUUGAAAGUAGCGGUAAGUAGCUGUUGAUGCGUAGAUUUUAUGCCUGGUACUUUGGAUUUCAACUUUUUCUUUGUGUCUAUAGGGUUCUGCAAGGAGGGCUUCUUUUGCUUUAAACCCUUCCCAGCUCUAUAAAGCUGCCUAGGUUGUUUGUUCCUUGUUGAGUCUUGCAAGAUAUUAGCAGCUAUUUUUGGUCAAACUCACUUUUUCUUUAAGUCAUAUAGUUCCUUCUGUUGAGUAACUGUCAAGUCCUCUUUAUCCUAAGUACUGAAUUGGGGUUUCUUUUUGAAGGUGUAUUGGUUGAGUUCCAUAGAUUUGGGUUUUUCUUGUUGUGUUGUGACCAUGGGUACCGAAGAUAAUGGUGAUAUGGGUUUUCAACAUAGAGGCUCUUCUUCUGGAAUGAACCCAAUUUCAGUGUCUGGGAAGAUUUUAGGAAGAGCAAUGAGCUCAGGGGCCAUAAUAAAAUCUACAAAUGGGGCAGACCCUUUCUUUGGUUCUGGUUGGGAUUCACUUUCAAUGAGUCAGAGUGAGAAUUUUGGAGGUUCCUCAAUGGUACCUCUCACUGACGUUGCCAAUCCACCCUUCCCACUUUUGCUGACAAAUCAGGCAAUUGAUAGCUCUUCCCACCUUGUUCAUUACCCAUCUGAUUUGGGUCUUGUUGAUAUGGUGCCAAAGCUUCCAAGUUUUGGAAGUGGAAACUUCUCAGAAAUGGUCAGUUCCUUUGGCCUACCUGAGAGUGGACAGAUCACAAACUCUGGCUGCCCUAUAAAUUAUCUCCGAAACAGGGAGGGUGGCACUGCCAAUACCUCAACCAAUAACGCAGAUUGUCAGGAGAACUGCCAAGUUUCAGAAGAGGGAUCAUCACCUAAUGGAAGGAGGAAAAGGAGAGCAUCAAAUUCCCCUUCUCCUAUGAACACCAAUAAGAAUGCCGAACGAGAGCAGCAUAAGGAGUCUUCCAAGGACAGUUCAGAAUGUCUAAAAGAACAGGAAGAAAAGAAGCAAAAAAUUGAACAAAACAUUAGUGCCAAUUUGCGCGGUAAGCAAACAAGUAAACAAGCUAAGGAUAAUUCCAACAGUGGAGAAGCUCCUAAAGAAAAUUACAUUCAUGUGAGGGCCAAACGAGGCCAGGCUACGAAUAGUCAUAGCCUCGCGGAAAGGGUGAGGAGAGAGAGGAUUAGUGAGCGGAUGAGAUUGCUUCAAGAACUUGUUCCGGGCUGCAAUAAGAUAACUGGGAAAGCGGUAAUGCUCGAUGAAAUCAUCAACUAUGUCCAAUCGCUGCAACAGCAGGUCGAGUUUUUGUCAAUGAAACUUGCCACUGUGAAUCCGGAGCUGAACGAUGAUAUAGAACGGAUUCUGACCAAAGAUAUUCUCCACUCACGAGGAAGCAAUGCAGCUAUUUUUGGAUUUGGACCAGGAUUGAGCUCCUCCUAUCCUUUCCCCCAGGGAAUUCCACAAGGAACCUCCUUGAGUAUCCCAUUUACAACUCCACCAUUGAAUCCCAUGGCUCAGGUAGCAUCAAGAUGUCAUUAUCCUGCUCCUAGUCUUUCCUCUUUCGAAGAUUAACUAAGAAAUCUUCUCGGUUACA